AUGUUAGAGAAUGUCUGGGCAGUAAUUGUAAGAUUCAAGUAUCUUUCCACCUUCAUCCUUAUAACGGUUUUCUCACAUUAUUGGAGUUGGGUUUAUUUGUGUGGUUCCCUAGGUACACUAGGUAUACUUUUAUACUUUGCCGUGUCCUCUGUGUUUCCUAGCAUAAUACCUCCAACGCCAAAAAGGCUGAAAUGGUAUAGGCAAAAAGUGACUAAAAAAUCUUCCCUACAAAAUGGAUCCAUAAAAUCGCCAAUAAUUAAUGAUGAUAUUAAUGUACUAAUAGAUUUGAUUAUCAGAGAUUUCGUUUCAUCGUGGUUUGGAAGAAUUGAUGCUACUGAUACCACUGAAUUUCCAAAUACUGUCCGUUUGUUGCUAUCGAAUGCUGUUGAGAAGUUCCACUGCUAUCUGAUGAAUACCGACCUUCUAAACUUAUUGGUAAUAGAUCUGAUUCCCCUGUUUACCAAAUAUCUUAAUAAUCAUGCAAUUGCUAGAGAUAGUGUCUUAGACAAAGGUUUCGCACAAACUAAGGCUUACAACAAUCUUGAUCUACAGAUAGCCGUUGAGUUCAACAAACAUUAUAAAAUACACAAAUCAAUAUCUUUUAGAGCUCAUGAUCUCAAUAAAGACGUCGAAUCACAUCUUCGGGAAUCAAUUCAAGACUUACUUCCUUAUUUAGUUGAAAAGGAGGAAUUGGAAUCACCGUUGGUUUCCAUUUUGCUAAGAGAAAUUAUUGCCAUAUCAAUAUUGAACCCUUUGAUUCAAAAGUUCUCUGACCCUGAUCGAUGGAACUUGAUGUUAAUCUCAUUGGGGGAGAAAAAGUUGGAGGAAAGAACACAAAUGAAAGAUAUUAGAAGAAUUCUUAGAAAAGAAUUAGAAGAUCAAAAUAAAGUUAACACACAGCCGGUACUUUUGAAAAAUAAUGUCCAAUAUCCUCAUGUUGAGUUGGAAUUGAAUUCAACAGGGAAGCAAUUUGAGCUUUACCUAAGGCAGAUAAGUUCGCUUUCAUUGAUUACGGAUUUAAAUGUUCAGAAAUUUGUUUUAAUGACAAAGUUAUUGGAAGUAAGGAAAUACCCGGUACUUUCUAAAGAAACCACGACCUUCAAGAAGAGGCUUUUACUUUCACUCAAUUUGAUUCAAACAAAACUUACUUAUGAAGAUCCUCGGAGGAAUGGGCGAGGUGUGAAAAAUGAUGGUAGUCAUCUCAAAGAUGAUAAACAGCUCUUAGACGAUUUCGAGUAUUUUUUGGAUUCUAUUUCGCUAGACGAUAUUCUGGCGGACAGAAUAUGCUCAUCAUACUUUGAGGGAUAUCUGAACUCAUUUCCAGACAAAAGAGGUGUUACAUUUUACAGAUAUUGGAAAGAAAUAGAAUCGUUGAAAAGUCCACUAGAUGAUCUCUCCAUGGAAGAUUCAUUGGUUUCGUUUUCUCAAAAAGAGUUGAUGCAUUUACGAGAAAUUGCUACUCUAUUCCUUGAAGGCGAGGAACUUACUGCAAUGGAGACCUUAGAUGAUGGUCUUACCAGUAACAUAAUUUUAUUCAUGAAAACUCCCAAGGACGAAGACAUUCAACCAUUUAUUUUAGUUCGAAAAAGUAUGUUUUUACUACAAAAUGAAGCUAAGAAGGAAUUGAGUAAUCAUUUUUUCCCUCACUUUAAAGGAGAUAGAUCAUUUUUGAAGAUGAUUUCCUCGGCUGACUUUACGAAGAAUGAUAUUUAUCUCAAAUACUUUAAUUCAAAUAGUUUAGAAAAUGAAAUAGUAUCUUCUAUGGAUAGGAUACCAAACCCUGUGCGAAUUUUAACGAAUCCAUGUAUAAACGAAGCACUAGAAAGUAUUGUAAACACUCACAAAACAAGCGAUAAUAGGGAAUCAACUAUUUUGAAUUCAAAUAAAAGUGGAACCCCUUUUGAACCGCCUAAACCAAAACUGUUUCAAGAAGGGGGUGUGACUGAUUAUGAAGACCUCGAUACUGUCAUUGAGCAUGACGAUACAAGUAUAGUUUCGAAUUCAAAUGUAUCAAUGUCAUCUAAUGACACCAAUAUUUCACAAGAACAAUAUUUCGACAGGAGUUUCAAACUUGUCAAUACAAAAGAAGAAAUUGCAAAACUAACAAUAUCAAUUGACCAAAUUUUUCAAGAGUUGGAACUGCUGAAACAUCUAACUUUGAAGGCAGAAUUGACGAAUAAUCAGAGCCAGUUAAUGCUACUAAAAAAAUCAGAAAGAUCGUUGACACGAGAUUUAAAAGGUAGAGAACUCCUAAAGCAACAAUACUUGGUCCAAGAAAACGUAAAUAGCUUAUUUGGUAAAACACAAAUCUGCAUUCCAUCAUACUUUAUUGAUAAUCAUACUCUCAACUUGAGAGAAAUCGCAUACUACAUUAUUAAUGUUAGACAUAAGUACAAUGAUCAGGUAACGACAUGGGAAAUACCUAGAAGAUACAAUGAAUUCUUUAUGUUACACUGUUACCUAAAGAAGAACUACAAAUCUCUAAUGAAGAAUCUGGAUGAGGAAAAUGACAUAUUUCCUGCAAAAGUGAACAUGUCUUUAAAAUAUCAUAUUUCUAGCACAUUUUUAUAUGAAGAAAGGAAAAAGAUGCUGGAAUCUUAUUUAAAGUUAUUACUGGAUAUUUCAGAAAUUUGUAGAGAUGACAUCUUUAGAAUGUUUCUGACUUCAUCAGCCCCGUUUGCCGUAAGAAUGAACUCCGAAAAUGUAACCCUUAUGCACGGACACCAAUCUUCCUCGUCUUCGUCAUCAAUUAAUAGUGUUAACUCUCGGCUGGGAAGUAAAAGUCGAGAAAAAAGAAAGAGUUACUUGGACGAGACUGAGACGAGAGAGGCUGAUAAUGUCACUGAAGCAAAUUAUGCCAUAUCUGAUGACAAUGGUCAGUUACAUUCAACAAAAGGCGCCACUUUUAUGUCUGGAAGGAAAUCAAUAAUUAAACCAGUUUGUGAUUUAUUUAUGUCAAUUUUCCGUCUCGAUCGAAGUAAUAGCAAUUGGUUACGAGGCAGAGCCAUUCUUACAGUGUUGCAGCAAUUGCUUGGCGAUACAAUUGAAAAACACAUCAAGAAAACACUAGCCAAAUUACAGUCAGAAAAUCAAGUGCAUGAUAUUCUGAUAUCAUUGAAGGAUAGUCUAUGGGGACCAAAUGGUUCAUUUGAAAGAAAAAGGAAACAUGGAUUGGAGCCCCCCAGGACUGAAGGAGAGAAAGCGAGGACGUCCGCAGAUUCGCAGAUCAUAAUACAGCAGUUAUUUACCGAGUUGUGCGGGAAAGUUGUAGGUUUACGAACUUCUCAAGAGGCCGCUGUUAGGCUCCAUGGAUUGCUCCAGAACAAAUACUUGACCUCUAGCUUGUUACUCGAACUUUUUGAUGUCAUUUUGACAGAAAUUUUUUUUGAUAGUCCAGCAGAGAUUGUACCAAGCAAGUUAUAA